AGGAGAUAGCUUCUUCAUCGAGAAACCUCGGAAAUAUAAAAUCAAAAGCGCGUCGGUGACUUGUACUCUCAAUCUCUUCUUCCUCUCUUUCAAUCUUCCACAUCUCCUCCUCUUCUCUUCUCUAUUCUCAAAUUAUCGAACCCGCCUUGCUCAAAUUCAUCAAUCAUGUCGUACGAUUACCUCUUCAAGUACAUAAUCAUCGGAGACACAGGUGUUGGGAAAUCGUGCCUGCUUCUUCAAUUCACUGACAAGAGGUUCCAACCAGUCCACGAUCUCACCAUUGGUGUCGAGUUCGGUGCUCGGAUGGUCACCGUUGAUGGACGCCCCAUCAAACUUCAAAUUUGGGACACCGCUGGACAAGAGUCUUUUAGAUCCAUCACCAGAUCAUAUUACAGAGGAGCAGCUGGAGCUUUACUGGUUUAUGACAUCACCAGGAGAGAGACAUUUAACCAUCUGGCAAGCUGGUUGGAGGAUGCUCGACAACACGCAAAUCCUAACAUGAGUAUUAUGCUAAUUGGGAACAAAUGCGAUCUUGCUCACAAAAGAGCUGUUAGCAAAGAGGAAGGAGAACAGUUUGCCAAGGAACAUGGUCUGCUAUUCUUAGAAGCAUCUGCAAGAACAGCUCAAAACGUUGAGGAGGCAUUCAUAAAGACCGCUGCCAAGAUCCUCCAGAACAUUCAGGAUGGUGUUUUUGAUGUUUCCAACGAGUCAUCGGGCAUUAAGGUUGGCUACGGGCGUACUCAAGGUGCAGCAGGAGGCAGAGAUGGUGCAAUUUCUCAGGGAGGUGGCUGUUGUGGUUAAAAAUUCCUUAAGUCACAUAUCUGCUGUAAUCUGGUGAUUCAGAAACUACUAUUGCUUUUAUUUACCUCUGCAAAUUUAUGAUACACCAGAAUGUAUAGUUGCUUUUUUUUUUUUUAAAUCUCUUUUACAAAUUGUCUUUGUCAAAAAACUAAACUGGUGCAUUUGAGAGUGAACAGCCUGAUCUUUAUAAACAAAACAGGCGUUGGCUUA